AUGAACAACCUUCCAACAAGUCAAUCUCAGUUGGUGACUCUCAAAGCAAAUUCAGAGAGGAUUGAAAAGGCCCAAGGUGAACUUUUCAACUUACGGUCCCAGUUCAAUACCUUUGGGAGAGAAUUAGUGACCCAAUUCAAAGAGUUACCCGAGCAAAUCAGAAAACAAUACACGGAACACGUUACAAAUAGCUCACUUGCUUUCAAGACCAAGCUUGAAGUCAAACUUAAUUCCAAUGUCCAGCAAGCAAUUCACAACGUUCAGGAUGCCUUUCGGCAUGAACUUGAUAAAGCUGUUGCAAUGAAGAAUUAUGUCACCAAUGACAGAAUUCAGGACAAGAUCAAUCACUUGUCGCAAUCCAGUCAGGUCAGGAUUGCAGAACUGACUUCGAUGUGGGAAACCAAAUGUUCAAAACUACAAGGGAAUCUUGAUGGACUAGCUACAGAAACUUGUGAUAAAAUCGUUAACGACCUAAGAAAUGCUGAGAAAAACUUCUGCAAUCUUGAAAGCAGAGCUUCGCAUUUAGAAAAUCAUAUGAAAAAUUAUCCUCAAGUCAACUUGAAAGAAGAAAACCAGAUUGUCUUGGCUGGAUCGAUUGAUCACAAACAAAUCAUGCGAGCCAACGCUGAACAGAUUGAAAGGGAGUUACACAGGAGAGACUUGAGAUUUCAAUGA